AUGUUUAAGAAUGCAGCCAAGCCAAAAGCUACCUUUACACUAUGGAUUUUGUUGAAUAGGAAGCUAGCAACAGUGGAUAGACUUGCUAAAUGGGGAAUGGCACUUAAUAAAACUUGUGUUCUGUGUAAAAAUGUGGAUGAAAGUCUGGAUCAUAUGUUCCUGCAUUGUCACUAUGUUGGAGAGGUUUGGGAGAGACUGCUACAAUGGAUUGGUAAUCACAGUAACAGGCCAAGGACAUGGGCACAGUUUAUACAGUGGAGCAUUCAAAAUGGGAAAGGGAAGUCUACAAGAGCACAACUAUUCAAGAUGAUUCUUGCUGAAGGAGUUUAUGCUUUGUGGAAUGAGAGAAACAAGAGAAUUUUUUAA